AUCAGCAGCUGCUGCCCCAGCUAACUGAACUCUCUCACCCGACUGCAGGUGCAAAGACAGUGGGACCUGACCCUGCCUGAGCCAUGCUAACCAACCUCACAGAGGGCAGCUUUCAUGCCAACCAGACUGUACCUGUGCCGAUGCUAGAUUCUUCCCCAGAAGCUUGCACUGAAAUUGUGACUUUCACCGAAGCGCUGGUAGCUGAGGAAUGGGGCUCCUUCUACUCCUCCUUUAAGACAGAACAGCUGAUAACCCUGUGGGUCCUGUUUGUCUUCACUAUUGUGGGAAACUCUGUUGUGCUGUUCUCCACAUGGAGAAGAAAACGAAAAUCCAGAAUGACCUUCUUUGUGACUCAAUUGGCCAUCACAGACUCCUUCACAGGCCUGAUCAACAUCCUGACAGACAUUAUUUGGCGAUUCACAGGAGACUUCAUGGCCCCUGACCUGGUCUGCAGAGUCAUCCGCUACUUGCAGUUUUCUAGUCUAAAUGAUGCCAACUUUGCAGAUGGACAACACCACAUCUGA